GGUUUCCCUUCCACUCACAUUGUGGCUAUGUAUUUUCUACCUGACUGUCACAGAAUUUUUCCUCUCAAAGACAACUGCAGAGGAAAGGAAGAUAUUUCUAAUUUCUUGCAGAUGUUUUUCCGUGUCUUCUCCAUAAAUUUCCUCGACCGUUUUUCUUGUCUUUUUCUUUCUAAUUAUUACUCUGUUACAUUGCUAAUUGGGCCAGCAUUCUUAACGAAAUCAUUACAUAGCAAGCUGUCAUAUUGCAAAUAGAAAACCCACAAAGCAUUAUUCUUCUUCCUCAUUCAACGUCUCCACCAAAAUAAAUUUAUUUUUAUUACUAUUUAUAUAUAUAAAUAUAUAUAUAUACAUAUACAUACAUAUAUAUAUAUAUAUUUACAUAUAUGUAUCUUUACACAUAACUAUAUUUUCAAACAGAAAAAAGAAAUUAUAUAUAUAUCGAUACAUAGACGUGACGUGCAUUUAUACUUACAUACAAAUAUAUAUAUAUAUGUGUGUGUUUGCAUGUAAGUGUUGACGGAUGUUUCCAUGGAAUGCUUAAGACUUCGAUUCUGCUGGAGACGGGUCCAAAAUGUGUUACCUGUCUCCGCGACUGAUUCCAAACAUAGAUGUGUUUAUAACCCAAAUAGCGGCCAGACGGAGACAUCACCAACACAUAAUGGAUUAUUAAACCAAGCACCUAAGUCACCUAAUCACGCUCAAUCUCAGUCGCGGCCUCCUCCUGUGGAACCAGUGGAUUAUGAGAUCUACGUAGUGAAGAAUAAAGUCUUACUUCAUAAUGAUCCUCAAAGAGAACUUCUGAUUUUCCCAUUCGAUGAUGUUGUUAUUCCUCCACCUCGCCCCCGGCAAAAGUCUCGUACCAUUUGUUCAUCAGCUCCAAAGAAUGCAUCGAAAGAAGCUACUACGUUACUUGUACGAGAAUGUCUCAAGACUUACACUAGUGAUUGUCACAUCAUUACUUAUAACUAUAAUGCAUAUUCUGGCAGUUAUCAACAGUUACCAAACAAAAAGAAACUGGAGAGUUUACCUGAACAAGUUUUUGAAAUUGAUGUUGACACAGAUGACAAAGAUGAGGAUUCCACCCUCAACCGGAACACUGUAUGUUCCAUCACAAAGGAAGGCUGGCUAUUCAAGGGCCCUGAAGGGCAAAAGGAUAACAUAAUAAGUUUCACUAGGCAAUUUAAGCGUCGGUAUUUCUGCCUGAAACAACAAACAGACUUCACUUACAUUUUGGAAUUCUAUAAAGCAGAGAAAAAGUCUGAAACGAAAGGUGCAAUUUACCUGGAAACUGCAUCUGAUGUCAUUAAGCAUACCAAGAAAGGUAAAUACUGUUUUGAACUGCAAAUGCAGGACCGGCGUUCCUAUUUAUUGGCAGCUGAAAAUGAAGCAGAGUUAGUCGACUGGAUGAUGGCAUUCAAGGCAGUCAUUAACGCUAAUGAAACCAGUUCCCAAGCCUCAACAGAACGUUCUGGUAUUGAUGAAGAAUGUCCAACACCUACAAAGUCAGACAAUCACAGAUUAGGUCUUGAAAACAGUAUGCACCCUGAGCUUGUUAAGUAUUCCAGAGAAACUGAUACAUCACUGGCAAAAGCCCGGCAGGAAGAAAGACACAAUCUAUUUGCUUUAUAUCCAGACAUGCAAAGAUUUAUUUAUGGUCAAGAAGAAGAAGAAGAAGUCUACACCAGCAAGGAUGUCAUUGAUGUCUUCCCCAAAGCUCUUGGACAACGAUUCCUUUUAAGGCUCCAAGAGUUCCAGCUGAAAUUGCAAGCUAAUGUUUCAGACGAUGAGUGUAUAGAGAAUCAUCAGAAUCCAGAACCUUUUUUCAUAUCUUUUGCUCUCUACGAUGCCAAAGCGGGAAAAAAAAUCACCGAAGACUUUUAUGUUGACCCCAACAGUCUCCAUAUCCGUUCUAUGAUUCCAUCAGAGUUGUUACAUGCUUCCGACAGACUACACACAGUGGACGGUGUCAAGAACACGACGCCAGACUUAUAUAAAUUUGAUGAAAAAUGGUUCUAUUCAAAGGAAAGACGAGCUGUAUUUUCUGUGACUGGUCACCCGUCUAACAUCUAUUUGUAUGCCAAAAUCGAGAAAGUACUGCAAGGUAGUAUAUCUCACUGUACAGAACAUUACAUGAAGUCCACAGACACCAAAGUAGGAACCAAGAUACACAGACAGAUGAAAUUAUUUUGUUCCAGGAUCGGUCAUCACAGAAUGCCAUUUGCCUGGACUGCCAAGUGUGUCUCUCCACAAGCAACAAAUGAUGCCAAAAUGGUUCUUUAUCGACAAGAAAGUUCCAAAUUGUCAGAAGAAGAAAUUAUUAAGAGACUCCAAGAAAUGAGAAGACCUGAAAAACAGAGUAAAUGGCAAGUAAUUCCAGGACAUUUGAAGAUCCUGAUAGAACCAAUUGAGUCUCCAGUUCCAAAUUGUGUAACUCCUUCUCUGCUCCCUCUACAUCCAUUCCCGGAACCUCCAGUUGGAAAUUUACACAUUGAAAUCGAAGAAUUCCAAGAAGACAGAGCAGAUUUAAGUUCUCCGUUUACUUGCUACCAAAACUUGCUUUUUGUCUACCCUAUCAGCCUUAAAUACGAUUGCCAAAAGACUUUUACCAAGGCACGAAAUAUCGCAUGCUGUAUAGAACUUAAAGAUUCUGAUGACGAAGGAGCCAUUCCUCUAAGGUGUAUUUAUGGACGUCCUGGAAUGUCUGUGUUUACUACGGUUGCCAGUGCCACUGUUCUCCAUCAUAAUACUUUCCCAGAAUUUUCAGAAGAAGUGAAAAUUAAUUUACCAACGCAGUUACAUGACAAGCAUCACCUUUUGUUUCGUUUCUACCAUGUUAGCUGUGAGUCUUCCAAGACGAGUCCGAGAAACUCGUCUGCCUCCUCCAAAAAGAAAGAUAAUAUAGAAACUGCGAUUGGUUAUGCUUGGUUGCCCCUCUUGAGAGGUGGAAAACUUGUUUCAGAAAAUCCAGACCCUUUACCCAUUGCAGCCAACCUACCUGCCGGUUACCUGUCACAUGAUAUGGUAGCAAGUGGCAAGGUAAUGUGUCCUGAAAUAAAAUGGGUCGAUGGCAAAAAAGAAUUACUGAAGGUCAAUCUCAGAUUGAAAUCUACAAUUUACACAAAGGAUCAACAUUUGUACAAUUUCUUUGUACAUUGCCAAAAACUGGAAAAUAACUUCUCCCCAACUGUAGAAAGCGAAACAACUAAUAAAUUGAAGCCUGAAAAUGGGCGUGUCACAGAUGAUGCAGCUCACCACCUAAAUGCCAUUAAGUCCCUUCAUGCUGUUGAAGUGAGUACCUUCAUCAACUUCCUACCAACCAUUCUCAACCAGUUGUUCCGACUCAUUGCCAGAACACACAAUGAAGACAUAGCCAUGAAUGCUGCAAGGGUUCUUAUACACAUUGUCUCUGAAGUUGAUAAUGUCAGCAAACAAGACAUUCUUCAAGCUUAUGUCAAGUAUGUCUUCAAGACCUUACCGAGCCCCAAAGGAACCAAAGUGAAGACUGUACAUGAAGAAUUGGCCAAAAACCUCACAGUUUUACUCCGCCCUAUAAAUGCUGACCAGUCAGUGGUCAGUCGUUUCCUUAAACAUUCCUGGUUCUUUUUUGAGAUUCUAAUCAAAAGUAUGGCUCAAUACCUCAUUGAAACAGAGAGGAUAAAGAUGCCUAGAAAUGAGCGGUUCUCCUCAGAUUAUCAGUUCCGCAUUCAGAACCUGAUCCAAGCCAUCUACCCUCAUUUGUACCAGAAACCAGAUAUUUUAACGGAUGCCAAUACUGCCAACCACAGCCUUGCCACAUUUAUCAAGCAUUUAUUUACACUAAUUGAUCGAGGUUUUGUGUUUCGAAUCAUCAGCACCUACAUGGAGAACUUCAGUGUUAGAGAUACAAAGAUAUUCCAACAAAUGAAAUUCGAGUUCCUUAAGAUAGUUUGUAGCCAUGAACACUAUAUCCCUCUUUGUCUUCCUCUAAUGAGGCGUGGCCUUAUCAAAAAUUACAAAGAUGUCCAAUUGGAAGGUAAAUUCUUAAUUCUCUGUUGUUGGUGCAGUCUCUGCAUCCAGACUGCAUCGUUUCAUUGUGUGAUAUGUAGCCAGGCGCUUACCAAUCACCUUAGCCUUGUCACCAUUGAUCACUUAUUACCAAUCGGUCAUCAAGGUCGAAUAGCUGCCUUGUACCUACCUCUCAUCCCAAUCCUUCUUGAAAGUAAGGAACGUCUGAUUGACAAUGCCGAUAGUACAACCGGAAUGAGCGCUGUCAGCUCCUCUACCCAGAAUAUAGAUCUCAAUGCUAGUACUGAUGGCUUCACUACUUCAGACUAUCAUCACAAAAGUAUCUCUGGGAUUGACCAAAUCCAUAAAAGAGAUUCUUCAUACUUUGAUGUUAUUGCCGGAAGAGCUCCACCCCAGUCCAUGAGUAACUUGAAUCUUGGAGAGCCUGAACAACUAGAAUUACUUGCUCUACAACAAUCCAAUUUGGUUAUCCAGGCAACUAGAGCAAACAGUUCUUCAAACUCUCAUUUAAGAACUCAGUCGGUGGGUGGUCCAGUUCAAACUGCUCCGUUCCAAACCACAAUGUACAAUCGCUACGAUAAAUUAGAUACCACAGAAGUUAAGGACUUGCUGAUAUGUUUUCUACAUAUUUUGAAAUAUCUACCAGAAGAUAUCCUAUUAGGAUGGUUCAAUAAUUCUUCAGAAUUCAAUGUACUUGAUUUAUUUUCUCUUUUAGACACCAUUGGAGAUACACGUAAAGCCAUGACUGCUCCCCCACCAUCACACAAGUCAUUUAUUGGGGCCAGUAGUAAUGGAAUUUUACACCAAAGAACUUACAGUCAAUGUCAAGACAGUCAGGCUGAAUUACUUAAUGCACCUGGCGGAAUAUCAAGCAUUCAUCGAGCUCUGCAGGAGGCCAACAUAUCAACAGAGGUUGGCAUUAUUGUGCUUGAUGUUCUCAGUCUUUACAGCAACACAUUUAAGAAACAAUUGGAACACAAAGAUGGUGACAACAAUUUGAUGAAAAAAAUCUUUGAAAUUUUGUUGUCAUUUCUGCAGACAAGUCAAUCGGAGACAUUGCAAAAACACAUCUUCUCCAUUUGGAGGUCUUUUAUCCGGAAAUUCCAGGCUGUUUUGUUCAGAGGAAAUGCCAAACUUUGUGGAGAUUUGUGCUACGAAAUCUUGCGCUGCUGCAAUUCUCGGUUGAGUUCAACAAGAAAGGAAGCCUGUGCUUUACUCUAUCUUCUGAUGAGGUCCAAUUUUGAAUACAGUAGGAAAACCAGUUUUACUCGGGUACAUCUGCAGGUCAUCAUAUCUGUGUCACAACUUAUUGGUGAUGUUGUCGGUAUCUCCAACUCUUACUUCCAGGAGAGUUUAGUGAUGGUGAACAACUACGCCAAGAGUGAUAAAGCAAUGCAGAAAACCAACUUCCCAUUAGAGGUGAAAGAUUUAACAAAACGUAUCCGUACAGUCCUAAUGGCCACAGCCCAACUUAAAGAACACGAAAAGAACCCUGAGAUGUUAGUAGAUCUACAAUAUUGCUUGGCUAAAUCUUAUGCCAGUACCCCAGAAUUGAGGAAAACUUGGCUGGAAUCCAUGGCAAAGGCUCACUUACGAACAAAAGAUUACUCCGAGGCGGCGCAUUGCUAUCUUCAUAUAAGUGCACUUGUUUCAGAAUAUUUGAGAAGGAGGGGGAAGAUGAAGCCGAGAACCUACCCACAAGGCUGUGCUGCAUUUCACAUGAUCUCCCCCAACAUACAGACAGAAGAAUCCUCUAUAAAAGAUGAUUCCGGAAUGCAGGAUGUUCACUACACUGAUAGUACAUUGAUUGAGAACCUGGAACAAGCUGCCAGAAUCAUAGAACAAGCUGAACGUUAUGAAGUUUUAGGGGACAUUUACAAACUCAUUAUUCCAAUGUAUGAAGUGGCCAGAGACUUUGAGAGAUUAUCUGAGAGUUACCGCAAAUUAUUUGAAGCUUACAAUAAAAUCGUUGAAGUGAUGCACUCCGGCAAACGGCUCCUCGGAAAAUAUUAUCGCGUAGCAUUUUAUGGACAGGCUCACUUUGAUGAAGAAAAUGGCAAAGAAUAUAUUUAUAAAGAACCUAAAGUGACCAACCUUUCAGAAAUCUGUGACCGAUUGUUCAAUUUAUAUACAUACCGCUACGGCAAAGAGAAUGUGAAGUUGAUCAUGGAUUCUAAGAAGGUGAAUGUUGAUGAACUUGACCCUAAAUAUGCCUUCAUCCAGGUCACUUAUGUAACCCCUUAUUUCACGAAAGAGGAAAGUAAGGAACGACUCACAGAAUUCGAACGCAACAACAACAUACAACGCUUUAUGUUUGAAACACCAUUUACAAAGAACGGACCUGCUCAUGGCUCCAUUACGGAACAGUACAAACUACGGACAAUACUGACCACGUCUCACACCUUCCCGUAUGUGAAGAAAAGAAUAGAAAUCAUUGAACACACGGAGCAGGAACUGUCCCCCAUCGAAGUAGCCAUUGACGAGCUGCAUAAUAAAGUGAUUGACCUUCAGGAAGUUGUCCGAGCUGUCACACCUGAUGUUAAGAAACUCCAUUUGAACCUACAAGGCUGUGUCAGUACCCAGGUGCAUGCUGGUCCAUUAGCCUAUGCUGAAGCGUUCCUCAGUAAAGACAAAGUCAACAAGUAUCCAGUUGGUAAAGUGGCAGCACUCAAAGAUGUCUUUAAGUAA